GCGGAGUGCCACGUGACGAGGUGGCACAGGUAACCGAGACGAUGGUGCGAAAGAUGUGCCUGGAGGCUCAUCAGCACAACUUGUGCGAGUAUCUGUCGGGCGGCAACAAGCGAAAGCUCUCGACGGCCCUGGCUCUCAUCGGCGAGCCGGAUGUGGUGCUCUUGGACGAACCGUCCACCGGUGUGGAUGUUGGUGCACGCCGCUUUCUGUGGGAGAUCAUCGGCGACAUCCGGCUGAACGGUCACGCCGUCGUGCUAACAAGUCACUCCAUGGAGGAGUGCGAGGUGCUGUGCACGCGCCUGACCAUCAUGGUUCACGGCCAGUUCCGCUGCUUGGGAAGUCCCGUCGAGCUCAAGGCCAGAUACGGUGGUGGCUACAGCCUUGCAGUGAAAAGCCUCCCGGGCCAGGAAGCCCUCGGCCGCAGCACAGAGCAGAACACCGCCCAGAUCCGUCAGUUCGUUCGCAGCAAGAUUCCUUGGGCACGGCUUGCGGAAGUCAGCGUGGGCCUGCUACGCUAUCGACUCAAGGGUGCGCAGACAACCCAUGGAGAGGAGGAGCUACCUUUGGCCGAGAUCUUUCGCCUCUUUGAGGAGGCAUCCAACAACGGUGGUAGUCUCAAAGGAUGCCUCUCCGACUAUUCCAUUUCUCAGACCUCCCUGGAGGAGGUGUUCCUGCACUUCUCGCGAGAGGCAGGCGUCAUCGAGGAUCCGGAGAUCCAGAUGCAGGACAUCGAUGACGCCAGCCCCCUCUCAGCGAGCGCCGGCAUUCUGCAG